AUGGAAUUAAAUAUUAAUUUAAUGGAUCGUCCUUCGAAAUUAGAAGAAACUUAUUUAUAUGAUUUUCAAAAAGUCUCAAACUGGAACUUGUCUAUUAAAAAUGCUCGAGGAUUUCAGUACACUUGAACUCAACCCCUUUCUGCUCUACAAAAGCCAGAUCCGUUACCAGAAGCUCUUAAAACUGCUUCACUCAUAGAAAAUAGCUUACUUGAUUUAUCGAUCUCCAAAAUUAACAAAAAACAUGAUGCAGCUGAAAUGGUUACAGAAAAUACUCCAAUGCCUCAUAAGAAGCAUAUAAUGAAUAUUAGCCUAAACCCAAAUUUUCGAAGAAAAUAUAAAGCUUUCCCAUCAAUUAUCAUCAUUGAUAUUUAAAAAAUUAACUAUCUCUAUUAUCCUUUAGACUAGCAGAAAACUGAAGGAAAAGCUCUAUAUCAUUCAGGCACAAUAAUUUCAAUCCCCAACAAUUCACCUGGAAAGCAUCGAAAUCCACAUAGCACUCCUGCAGGAAUAUGAGAACAUUAUGAAGAUUUAAAUAAAAAACUCGACGCGAUUUCCCGCAAUAAAGUGAGCCUAAAAGAUAUCCUUUCUAAUCAAAGAAACGAAGCAUUUCAAGAUGAAGUUUAUAUAAAAAAAUUAUUCAGCACAGAAAAUAUAUUUUCAGAAAAUACUUUGCUGCAGCUGAAAAAUUUAGAAGAAAAAGUAAAACAGAUGAAAAAAGACUUAAAACAGAAUAAAAUAACAAAUAAUAUAAGAAGUAGAAGCUCAGGGCAUUUAUUUCCACCUAAAAGGAAUAUUAAUAGAAGUUCACUUGAGCUUCCAAAAAUCAGUGUAACACCUCAAGCUCGGCAAUUUCGAGAUGCUCCUAAUAGGUCAGCAACAAAAUUGCUGAAAAAAUUUGUAGUAAAUAAAAAUAAUAAAAAUUAA